CGGCGCGCACGGGCCCGGUGUGCAGCCCGGCCCCGCCUGCGCCACGUGUCGGGUGCAUCGGGGGGAACGAGGCCCCGGUCCGCCGGGCGCGGUGCGGAGGGAGGGGGAGCCGAGCGCGGGCCCCUCUGGCCCUGCGCCCGCGGGAGGCGCUGAAGCGGGCCAGGCGCCAUGUUAGUUGCGGGAAGGAGCAGCCAUCUUCCCGCUCCUCAUCCUCCGGGUCCCCGCGUCUCACGGGGCCCCGGGCCGGGCCGUGUGCGGGCGGGGAGGGUCUCUACCUGGCUGCCCUGUCCCGGCUCCGGUGCCCAGACCCAGGUCCUCCUCUGCUCCAUGGACACCCCCAGCCCAGACCCGUUGCCUUCGCCUUUGCCCGGGGAGGAAGAGAAACCUCUGGCCUUACCACCUUCCGUCCCCCGGGACUGCCCGGGGGAGCGCCCCAGAGGGCCCGCCUCCUCCAAUCAGAGGCUCAAGGCCUGCCCCCCUCGCAAGCGGGGCCGCCCCCCCAAGUCAGGGCAGGAGCCCCCGCUGGCGCCCGGGGUGACCGCCCCCGCGGCGGCGGCGGCGGCGGCGGGCGAUGGCAGCGGCCUGCUGCUGAUCGACGAUCAGGGGGUGCCCUACACCGUCUCCGAGGGGGCCGUGGCCGACGGCCCCGUGGGCUCGGGCCCCAGGAAGACCCCGCACUUCUGCCCCGUGUGCCUGCGGGCCUUCCCCUACCUCUCGGACCUGGAGCGCCACAGCAUCUCGCACUCGGAGCUGAAGCCGCACGAGUGCAAGGACUGCGGCAAGACCUUCAAGCGCUCCAGCCACCUGCGGCGCCACUGCAACAUCCACACCGGCCUGCGGCCCUUCCGCUGCCAGCUGUGCCCCCGCCGCUUCCGCGAGGCGGGCGAGCUGGCGCACCACCACCGCGUGCACUCCGGGGAGCGGCCCUACCAGUGCCCCAUCUGCCGCAUGCGCUUCACAGAGGCCAACUCGCUCCGGCGCCAUGCCAGGCGCAAGCACCCCGAGACCAUGGGGCCCCCCGCGUCUCCCCCAGAACUGGGGCCUGAGCUAUCGUGGGACCAUGAGGGCAUCCUGGCCACAGAAAGGGCCGAGGUGGAGGAAGAGGAAGAGGAGGAGGAGGAGGAGGAGGAGAAAGAGGGGCCGGAGGGAAAGGAGCUGGCCUGACCCGCACCCCCCUCCAGGGUUAGUGCUGGGGGUCCAGCCGGUGCUGCGCCUGGGCAGUGGGCCCGCACACCCGCCCGUCUGGUGCCAUUCUUAUUGCGGGAGGGGGUUGCGAGUGAGGACCUCAACUUCCGGUGGGCCCUGCCGCCUCCGGCUGCCUUCUCCCGGACUUGCAGGCCUGUGGACGCAGGGGCCACAGAAAUAAACGGCUGCCCCUGGCUCCCCCUGUGUGUUCAGUGAUGCUGCGAGGCCCGGC